CUUUAGCAUUUCGUUACAUCGGUCACUUCGAAGAUGAAGUAUUCAGCAGUAAGUGGCGUCUUUCUAUUAGCGUUACCUCUCACGCUAGGGAGUAUCUGCUGGCGCAACGUUAGCGUUCCCCACGUGAAGUGGGGCAAACAGUACGUGUCCAGAACCGGCAUUUGCGACGCCAAAUGCUGGGGAAAGUGGCACGAGCUGGACAUCAAUUCUGACUACUAUCGGGAUACUUGUGAGUUGGAGUUCAAGACGGAACUGCUACCGGAGUGCUGUCCCGGGUACGAAAAGGACCCUCGCGGAGAGUGCCACCCUGUUUGCACCGGCGGGUGCAUCAACGGGAAGUGUGCUGGGCCGAAUCGGUGCGAUUGUGGGGAGGGGUUCCGGUUGCAAGUGAAUCGUUGCCUUCCGGUGUGCGAAUCGCCGUGCAUUCGAGGUGUCUGUACUAGCCCUGGCAAGUGUUCGUGUCUUCCAGGGCAUGUGAGAAGGUCGGACACAGAAUGCGUUCCAGUGUGUGAUCCUCCGUGCGAAAAUGGCAAAUGUAUUGCUCCGAAUAUCUGCGGUUGUAAUCAUGGGUAUGAGAAAUCUACGAAAUUUACUCAUGUUUGCAACCCUCGUUGUGAUCCAGAGAUCGCUGAAUGUGGCAAUGGAGAAUGCGGUGAGCCAAAUCUUUGCAUCUGUGAGGAAGGAUACAUUUUUAGAGGACAUCGAUGUGUACCAACGUGUGAUCCAGCCUGCAUCAAUGGAGAUUGUACAAAACCGAAUACUUGCACCUGCAAGGAAGGAUUCUCACGAAGUUUAACCAAACCGAAUGUUUGUGAUCCAAUUUGCGAGAGUGGUUGUCAUAAUGCAACUUGCGUAGCUCCAAACACCUGUCACUGUCUGCAUGGAUAUCGACCUUCCCGAACAGCCCCGAAUUCGUGUGAUCCAAGCUGUGAUCCAAACUACUUCAACACCAACAAUGGACAAUGCAGCGCUCCGAAUAUCCUGCGAUGUAAUGAAGGAUUCCUACUGAAGCACUCUCAAGAAUCCAACCUCAUAUAUUGCAAGUCCCGGUGUAGUCCGGAAUGUGACAAUGCUCACUGCCUACCAGAUGGGACUUGUCGGUGCUGGCCGGAAUUCAUUCCCGCCGAAGAAUCUCCCCACAUCUGCGAACCUCUCUGUGACCCCCCGUGCGAAAACUCGACCUGCGUCGGUCCAAAUCAGUGCAAGUGCUGGGACGGCUAUCAACCAACCUUGGAGAACGUUUGUGCGCCAUUUUGUGACCCAACCGUAGUGGACUGCUCGAACGGAAGCUGUGUCGACGCGAAUACCUGCAUCUGUGACGCCGGGUUAGAGCUGAUCUCCGCUGAGUUUAACGUUAGCUCGUGCUAUCCAGCUUGCGUGGAGCAGUGCACCAACGGGUUCUGUCCGACAUCAGCCGAGGUCUGCGAGUGUCUCCCCGGCUACAACCGGACCACGACGGAUGAGGGCUGUAGGCCGGUGUGCGAAGAUCUGUGCCUGAACGGGGCCUGUACGGCACCGGGAGUUUGCUCUUGCGACGUUGGGUUCAUCCUGCAAAACGGAACUUGUGAACGAGCUUGGGAGGAGUCUCGGAGUAGUUUAUUGCAGAGUUCUACGAUAUGGUUGAUGGUGGUAAUAUUGAGUUUUGGUUGUGCCUUAUACAUUUUACGCUUAUUGGUUUUUAUGAAAACGAAAAUAUCUUGUGGAGGUAAUGAAGAAAAAGAUAGAAUAAUUGUGAGAUAUUUCACUGAAGGGAUUACCAAUCCAGCUGAGAAGGAAGAAAUGUUAUAAAUAUCAAACUUUAAGUGAAUGAUUAAAAGAAGUUUUUCCGUGUUUAUAUCUAGACACUCAUGAGGCCAUCAACAUUUUUUGCGUAGGAUUCGAAGUUCACAUCUUUCAGAGGAUAAUCGGUACAUAAAAGCUUGCAGCUUUCGUUUGGCACGCACGCGACUCUCUCAGUUUUGCUUAAAAAAAUACUUCUUGAUUCUGGAAAGAUCAUUUUGUGAAACGAGGGGUGUAUUUGUUAUUUUUUAAAAAAUCAAUCCAAAAAAUAUUGAACCUUGAAUUAAG